AGUAGGAAUGUAGCUUACUGUAGUGUUUGUUAAUGCAGUUGUAAAUAAGCAAGCCGAUAUUACGAAAUAUUACAUCAUUCUGAACUACCGUAUGGGAUAUGUUAUUUGGAAUGAUACCGGAGUUUAAGUACUUUUCCCUCAGAUAAAAAGGAUAACAACUAUGGCACAAAAAGAUUGUUUGAUGAUAGCGAUAAAGAAGAACCUUCUGCUACUUCUAACAUUGUUAGGCGUGAUAUGUGGAAUAGGUAUCGGGUUUGCUGUCAGAUCAAGCUCUCCGACGAGUUCCGUAUUAUUAUGGCUUGGUUUACCUGGUGAACUGUACUUGCGACUUUUGAAAAUGAUGAUCGUUCCUCUGAUAGUCUCCAGUGUAAUAACAGGAACUGCGUCACUUCACCCAAAAGCCAACGGAAAAAUCGGAAUUGUUUCCUUUGUUUUUGUAUUUAUUACAAAUGCCUUAGGCACAGGUCUUGGUGUUGUAUCGUUCUACGUUUUACGACCCGGUGUAGAAAGUGGAAAAAGCAAUGAUCAAUCUGCAUUGGAAACGAAACCUAUGGAGACGCAAGAUAUAUUUGCUGACAUGCUUAGGAACAUUAUCCCUGAUAACUUAUUCGUGGCAACUUUUCAACAAACGCUGACAGAAUACAAAUAUAAGGACAUAGUAAACACAACGUCGGGGAAAUCAUCCUUUGCCAUCGUAGGAAAGACGCUAGGAAGCACAAGUGGACCAAAUUUACUAGGUUUAAUUUUCGCAUGCACUUUACUCGGAAUGGCAACGUCAGCUCUAGGUAAACAGGGAAGACCACUGAUAGAUGUUUUAGAUGCAUUAACCCGGGUAGUUAUCAUCAUUAUCCGGUGGUUACUAUGGACAACGCCUGUGGGGGUCCUCAGUCUAAUUCUUGUGCCUGUAGCUGAACUGGAUGAUGUUGGAAGUGUGUUUCGUGACCUUGGACUGUUUAUUUCUGCCGUUGUUGUUGGUUGUUUUGUUCAACAGAUCAUUGUUAUGCCAUUGAUUUUAUUUGUGUUAACACGACGGAAUCCUUUCAGACAUAUGUCGGCAAUAUCAAGAUCGUGGUUGAUAAGUUUUGCUGCUUCAAGCACAGCAGUUGCCAUACCAGAAAUGUUGACAAGCUGUGAAGUAAAGUUAGAACUUGAUAAGAGAAUUACAAGAUUUACCAUUCCUUUCAGCGUCACAUUGAGUGCAAAUGGAAGUGCUGUAUUUAUUGCAUGCUCGUGUUUGUUUUUGUCAAAUAUUUCCGGAAUACCAACCACAACUGUCACCGUCUUAACUGUUUGCUUCCUGACAACAAUGUCUGCUUUGGCGAUUCCGUCAGUACCAAGUGCAUCAAUUGUUACUAUCGUGAUGAUUCUGUCAUCUCUUAGUAUUCCUAUUGAACCAAUUGCCCUUCUUCUUGCCGUUGAGUUUUUCCUAGAUCGUGUCAGGACCACCAGUAGUGUUGUAAGUCACACAAUGUGUGCAGCUGUAACACAUCACAUGUGUAAAAACAUAUUGAAGGAUAUAGAGGUUAAUGAUGAUAUUCAGGUUGAAAUAACGAGUGGGGAAAAUCAGAAAAUGUUGGCAGACACUAUGGCCAUCGAGUUGAACGGAAACAUUGAGUGUACUGAUAAAUAGCAAAAAAUACUAAAAUUAUAAGAGCAAUUUUGUUUACAGUUUUUUUUUAUUUAGAUAUUGCUUAAAAUUGUGUGAAUAAAAGCAUCCAGAUAAUACACUGUAUAUUAUAUAUACUCGUAUAUUUUUGUCAGUAGUUUGAUGUAUGAGGAAUCAAUAAAUGCCGUAAUGGAGCAUUUAUCGCUGAUUUUUCUCCAUUUCCUAAUGUUAAUAUAUAUAUAUAUAUUAAUUAUGUCAACUGAAUAAAAAUUUAUCAUA